GCUUCUUAAAAAACAGAUUCCUGGCACCCCAUCUCCGCCAUCUUCUUAAAUCACGGUUCUUUAGGGGUGGAGCCUAGGAAUGUGAAUUUUAAAUGAGCACCCCAGGUGACUGAUUAGGGUGGUCCAAGGAGACUUCAGGAAACACUGAGAGGACUAGUUAAGGGGUGUGUUUGGGGUGGGGAAGACGGUACUAUCACCUGUGGCCACAAGGUGGCAGCAGGGAGAGGCAAGGAGAAACUGACCAUCUCUGGCAGGCGCCCAAUGAGAGGGGCUGGGGCAGGCAUGCAGAUGAGGUUGUGGGAAGAGGUAGGCCCUGAACUGCUGCAUGGUCUCCUUUGCCAGGUGGAGUCUGUUACUGCAGACUAAUCCCGUGACCGCCUGUCUCAUUACCAGGUCUUUAUGGAGACUUUGCUUUUGCCAAACUCUGCCAGCAGAAACUGCAUUAGUGUGACCUUGGCCAGGCUGUGUGGUGAUAAUGUGUGUUCCACACAGGUGAAUGUGGGAGGCAAGGGAUGUCACCGGCACAGGGCAGCUUACUCAAAGGACACCAGUGCAUGUUCAAAGCAGGGCCCCCCAUCCCCCGCUGCCAGGCCCUUAAAGGACCUGUCCACCUGCAUCAGGGCUGCUCCAGUCAUGAGAGGAUCGGGUCUGUGGCUGGGGAGCUGGCCGAAGGCCAGGCAAAGGAUACUGGGAUGGGGCGGGGGCAGGGAACACAGGAUGGGGCAGCUGCCUCUGGAAGCAGCCAAGAUGUUCCUGGCUGCAGUAGGGGUGGGAAGAGGAUUAGGUGACAGUCCCCUAACUCGGCCCGGAACUAACACCCCCCUCCCCCUCACUCAUGCACCCUGCAAGCCUGUUAAAGCUCAGAAUAAUGCGAGGACCAGACAGCAGGAUGGCAGGGGCUCUGCUCGGCGCCCUGCUCGUCUUGCAGCUCCUUGGCAGAGGCGAGGGGAAAAACGAGGAGCUGCGUCUUUAUCACCAUCUCUUUGACAACUAUGACCCAGAAAGCCGGCCAGUGAAGGGGCCUGAGGACACCGUCACCAUCACCCUCAAGGUCACCCUGACCAAUCUCAUCUCACUGAACGAGAAAGAGGAGACCCUCACCACCAGCGUUUGGAUUGGAAUCGAUUGGCAAGAUUACCGACUCAACUACAGCAAGGACGACUUUGGGGGCAUAGAAACCCUGCGAGUCCCUUCAGAACUCGUAUGGCUACCAGAGAUUGUGCUGGAAAACAAUAUUGACGGCCAGUUCGGCGUGGCCUACGACGCCAACGUGCUGGUCUACGCCGGCGGCUACGUGAGCUGGUUGCCCCCAGCCAUCUACCGCAGCUCCUGCGCCGUAGAGGUCACUUACUUCCCCUUCGACUGGCAGAACUGCUCGCUCGUUUUCCGCUCUCAGACGUACAAUGCCGAAGAGGUGGAGUUCGUCUUUGCCGUGGGCGAUGACGGCGAGACCAUCAGCAAGAUCGAAAUCGACACCGAGGCCUAUACUGAGAACGGCGAGUGGGCCAUCGACUUUUGCCCGGGGGUGAUCCGCCGCCAGGACGGUGGCGCCGCUGAUGGCCCGGGGGACACUGACGUCAUCUACACGCUCAUCAUUCGCCGGAAGCCGCUCUUCUACGUUAUUAACAUCAUCGUGCCCUGCGUGCUCAUCUCGGGCUUAGUGCUGCUCGCCUACUUCCUGCCGGCGCAGGCCGGCGGCCAGAAAUGCACGGUCUCCAUCAACGUCCUGCUUGCCCAGACCGUCUUCCUGUUCCUAAUUGCCCAGAAAACCCCAGAGACGUCUCUGAGCGUGCCGCUGCUGGGCAGGUUCCUCAUCUUCGUCAUGGUUGUUGCCACGCUCAUUGUCGUGAAUUGCGUCAUCGUGCUCAAUGUGUCUUUGCGGACCCCCACCACUCACACCAUGUCCCCGCGGCUGCGCCACGUCUUGUUGGAGCUGCUGCCGCGCCUCCUGGGCUCCGGCGCACUCCCCGAGGACCCCCGGGCCGCCUCGCCCCCAAGGCGGGCGUCGUCCGUGGGCAUCCUGCUCCGCGCGGAGGAGCUGAUACUAAAAAAGCAGCGGAGCGAGCUCGUGUUUGAGGGGCAGCGGUACAGGCACGGGACCUGGAGCGCUGCCCUCUGCCAGAACCUGAGCGCCGCUGCCCCCGAGAUCCGCUGCUGUGUGGAUGCCGUGAACUUUGUGGCCGAGAGCACGAGAGACCAGGAGGCCACCGGCGAGGAGGUGUCCGACUGGGUGUGCAUGGGGAAGGCCCUUGACAACAUCUGCUUCUGGGCCGCUCUGGUGCUCUUCAGCGUGGGCUCCAGCCUCAUCUUCCUCGGGGGUUACUUCAACCAAGUGCCGGAACUGCCCUACCCGCCGUGUAUGUAGACUGGAGCCCCUAGCCACACUGACUUCAACCUUCCCACCCAUCUCCAGGAGGAAAUCGAUUUUGAAAAAAAGUUGCUGCCACUGCUGUAUUAUGAUUCUUUCCCACUGCCAAUAAUAAAUCUGUAUUUUGCAAACUUCCCAAGAAGAGUUGUCUGUGCACAUGUAUGUAGGUCUGGCCACCAAGCAGGAAUCAGGAG